CUUCUUAGAAAAACUUCUUAUCAACAAAAAUGAUGAAGUUUUCAUCUCUUCUUGUGCUUUUCUUUAUUUUCCUGAUCGCAUUGGCCCAACUGCGAGUCGGAUUUUAUAGCCGGUCAUGCCCUCAAGCCGAGACUAUCGUACGCAAUCUGGUGCGCCAACGGUUUGGUGUUGACCCAACCGUAACUGCUGCUUUGCUCCGUAUGCACUUUCACGACUGUUUCGUUAGGGGCUGUGACGCUUCCCUUCUCAUUGACUCAACCAACUCUGAGAAAACGGCCGGACCAAACGGAAGCGUUAGAGAAUUUGACCUGAUUGACCGCAUCAAGGCUCAGCUAGAGGCUGCGUGUCCCUCCACGGUCUCAUGCGCUGACAUCAUCACAUUAGCGACACGUGACUCCGUGGCGUUAGCUGGAGGCCCGAGCUACAGCAUCCCCAUGGGAAGGCGCGAUGGUUUGGUCUCAAACAAUGUUGACGUGGCCCUUCCGGGUCCAACAAUCUCUGUCGCCGGAGCCGUCAGUUUGUUCACCAACAAAGGGAUGAACGUAUUCGACGCUGUGGCUCUUUUGGGUGCACAUACCGUUGGUCAGGGAAAUUGUGGUCUAUUCAAUGACAGGAUCACUAAUUUCCGGGGCACCGGACGACCUGACCCGUCCAUGGACCCAGCCUUGGUUUCCAGGUAA